UUCUUAUCCACUAUAUAUAUUAUAUGCAAAGCUCAUAUUUGAAAUGACAGGAGCGACGACGAAGCCUGGACAAUCCAGUCUUCCAACGCCCAACUCAACCAAAGCCUUUUGGCACAGCCAACCCUCGAAAAUCCUCCUCGGUCAUAGGACAACACCCACUAUACCUGCAGAAGCAGACAUAGUGAUCAUCGGGAGUGGGAUAUCGGGAGCGAGCGCUGCUCACUUCCUAUCUCAAAAUGAAGAAAGCAAGAAGUUGUCUGUAGUAAUGCUUGAAGCAAGAGAAGCAUGCUGGGGAGCAACAGGUCGCAAUGGAGGUCAUUGCCAACCCGGAAUCUACGACCGAUCUCCGGAACUCUCAUCAUUCGAGAUGCGAAACUACCUCGCACUGAAAGACCUCAUCACCAAAAACAACAUCGCAUGCGACUGGAGAGAUCUCUCCGUCGUGCACGGCUACAUGCAAAAAUCCAUCUUCGAAGAAGCACUCGCCGAAUAUCAAUCUCACCAAAGAGCGGAUCCAGAGAUCGCCAAACUUGUCACUGUCGUGACGAAAGAUUCUUCAAAUCCUUCACUGCAAGAUCUCCGUGUCUCGAAUGCAUAUGGAGCUAUUGUACAAAAACACGCCUCAAGCGUGUGGCCGUACAAACUCGUGUGUUGGAUGUUAGAGAAUCUACUUUCGUUGAACAACCCUGUUAAACCGGCGUUUAAUCUACAGACUAAAACACCAGCAACCCAUCUUCAAAAAGCAGAAGACGGGUCUUGGAUCGUGCAUACACCGCGCGGUAUGAUCUCCGCCAAACAGGUCUUGCUCGCUACUAAUGCAUAUACAUCCUACCUCCUCCCUUCGUUCAGCGAUAUCAUCGUCCCCGUUAGAGGUGAGAUGAGUAGUCUGGUUCCACCUAAGGCAAUGUGGCCUGGGAAUGAGAAUGCGCCGUUGGAGUACUCGUACGGUUUCAUGGGGAACGGAGACCAGAACGGACAUCGAGACGACUAUCUAGUCCAACGCCCAUACAGCCCUUCUGGUGGAAACGGCGAGCUCAUGUUCGGAGGCGGACGGUCGUAUGCUAAGAAUGCCGGGCUAGGUGUUUCUGAUGACUCGGAUAUCGAUCCUCCAGCCGCUGAGUAUCUGAAGAGGGAAAUCAGCUUGGUGCUCGAUUUACGGAAUGAAGGCAAGCCUUUGGAGGCUACGUAUGAGUGGAGUGGGAUUAUGGGAUUUAGCAGGGAUGAUAGGCCGUGGGUUGGGGAAGUAAGUGAGGAGCUUGGACUUGGGGGAGAUAAGGGGUUGUGGAUCUGUGCGGCGUAUACGGGGCAUGGAAUGCCGAAUGCCUUUUUGUCUGCAAAGGCUGUGGUUGAGUUGAUGAUGGGGAGAAAGGAUGAUCAGGUUGACUUACCGUCUGUGCAUAGGAUCAGUAAAGAGAGGGUGGAGAAGGCAAAAAUGUUGGAGGAUGUCCAGGUCGCUGAUUGGAAGGGAAUACCCCUGUGAUAUUGAGUAAUGCAUGGCGAUGAUGUUGGAUGUGUACAGUGUAUUUUGGAUCUUUGGAUAAAGAUCUUGGAUAUAGAGACAGAAUCUAAAUAUUCUCUAC